CCUGUGGGCUCGGGGUCGCGGCCGCGGCGGUGGGGGCUCGAGGCAGGAGCUGCGGCGGCGGGGGCUCGGGGUUGGGGCCACGGCAGCGGGGGUCGGGUUCAGGAGCCAUGGCAGGGGCUCGGGGCCACGGCGGCGGGGGUCGGGCUCAGGUCGGGAGCCGCGGCGGGGCUCGGGGUCAGGGCCGCAGCGAUGGGGGCUCAGGGUUGGAGCCACGGCAACUGGUAGGCCUCGGGGGCAGGGCUCUGUGUUCAUCUGAUUGAGUGUGUUUGACUCUGUGUUCAUCUGUAGGAUGGACCCAAAAACAAGCUUCAAUUUAGAAUUCAGGAUAUUCGCUACAAAAUCACGUUUCCCAUGGUUUUUGCACACUGAGCUUGUAGAUUCUGACAUUAUGAAUUACAAAGAUCUGCUUGAUGAAAUCAUGAGGAAGUACCCUUGUUCUUACGGGGAGGUGGUGAAAAUGUAUUAUUACUGUGCUGAGUCCAAGUCCAACAUUGAGGUUUGCUGUGAUGAAGACCUAGUUAAUAUGUUUCAGAAAAAUGCAUCCACUAAGACAUGUCAUAUUUCCAUUGCUCACUAUGACCCUAGUACUGAACCACCAGCCAUACCACUAUGGGAUGUAACAUAUGCUAAGGCAGUGGAAAUCCCUUGCACAUCAUCAAUGCCAGCUCCAACUCAAUCUUUAGAUGAACCAAGCCAACAACCAGAGGAUGAUGACAAGUACCUGCAAAACCCUGAACCAGAAAAUGAAUAUGUUGGUGUCGAUGAAGAAGGCAUGUACAUUGACUUAGGACCACAGGUUCAGGGAAAUGCAGACCAAGAGGAUGAGUAUAUUCCUGAGACUGACUCUAACUUGGAUUCUAACUUUGAAUCUGAUGGUUCUGAUGAUGAGAUGGUGGAGGAUAAUGUUCCACCCCACACAGCCGAAGCAGUGUAUGACAAAGCUGACCCACCUAUGGAAGUAGGAAGCAUAUAUCCAAACAUGAAUGCAUUUAGAUUGGCUUUAGCUACUCAUACAAUCAAGAAUGAGUUUGAAAUUGACAUUGAGAAGAGUGAACCAGGGAGGUACAGGGCUUACUGCUGUGGGAGAAUUGAGGGUUGUAAGUGGAGGAUUCAUGCUUCAACUAUGGGAGACAAUAAGACAGUGAAGGUGAAGAAGAACCCACAUCUGCAUGAGUGCCAUAGUACAAGGAGAAAAGGUCAGGUGAAGGGUGCAACCAAACAUUGGGUUGCUGAUACAGUGAGAGAUUGGUUAGUGGACAAUCCAAGGUUGACUCCAAAGGCCCUUCAACAGAGGAUAAAAGAUGAGUUCAAGGUAUGGGUGCACUACAAGAGGGUUUACCAUGGUAAAGAACUAGCUAUGACUCAAUUAUAUGGUGACUGGAGGGAGAGUUUUGACAACCUAUAUAGGUUCAAGAAGCAAAUAGAAGAAUCUUGCCCUGGUAGUUUAGUUGUUAUUGAUCAUCACACCAUCAAUAAGAAGAUUAAGUUCAACAGGCUAUUUUUUGCCAUGAAACCUUGCAUUGAUGGUUUCCUUCAAGGAUGUAGACCCUAUUUAGCUAUUGAUAGUACAUUUCUAACUGGAAAGUUUAGGGGUCAGCUAUGUGUGGCUUGUGCAUCUACUGAGACAAGCAUUGUACCUGUGUCAGCACCAAGAAUGGUUUUCCCUGAUCUUGGCCUCACACCUCCAGUUACAAAGAAGAGAAAGAGCUCAUCCACUACAUCAAUGGCUGCCAAGAAGAAGAAGAGCUCAGCCAUGUCUGUUAGAUCUGGACAAGGCUCCAACCAGCCAGACCCUAUGCCUUUGUCUAUCAUGAUGCCAUCAAUGGAGGUUGCAGACAAGGAAGAGAAUCAAGAAACAAAAAAAGAGGUGGCAGGACAUGGGAAGAAAAAUAAGAGAGAGCCAGAAGUCAUCGGAUCUCCUGCAAUGGGAACUAGAAGCAAAGCCAGUUGCAGUGGCAGUCCUGCCAUGGGAACUAGAAGCAAAAGAAAGCUCAAUGUCUAAUUGGAACUAGGUAGUCUUUUGUACUAUUUUUUGGGUCUACUUGACUAGAAUUGUGUUAAUGUAGUGCUGUGGUCUGUAUGACCAAAACUGUGGCAUUCUAUGACCAAAACUGUGAUGCUAUGGUCUGGAUGGCCAAAACAUUGAUGUAUGGUCUGUAUAACCACUUGUGUUUUCAAUUUGCAUUACUUUGCCAUACAUCUGGACACUGUUUAUGCCAUACAUGUGGAUACUGUUUAUGUCAUA